UUCCUUCCCUUUUCUCCUCUUUCCUCCCUCUUCCCCUCCCCAGAGAAGCAGCUCCGAGAAACAAAGAACGCGGGCUCUCCUGGCAUCAGCGCUUAAGCCCAGCACACUGCCAGCGGCAUCUCGUUCCGGGGACCAGGGCUCUCCCGCUCCACAUCCCCUCCCCAAUCUCCCCCGCCUCCCGCGCUCGCUCGCUCGCUCGCUCCCUCCCCUCUCGCUUCCUCCCCCACCUUCGCGGCGCUGGGAGGAAGGCGGCCCGGGCUCAAGAUGGCUUUAGCCGGGCUCUGCACCCUGCUCGCCUGCUGCUGGGGGCCGGCGGCGGUGCUGGCCACGGCCGCCGGCGAUGUGGAUUCAUCCAAGGAGCUGGAGUGCAAGCUCAAAAGCAUCACGGUGUCGGCGCUGCCCUUCCUGCGCGAGAACGACCUGAGCAUCAUGCACAGCCCCUCGGCCUCUGAGCCCAAGCUCCUCUUCUCGGUGCGCAACGACUUCCCGGGAGAAAUGGUCGUGGUGGACGACCUGGAGAACACGGAGCUGCCCUACUUCGUGCUGGAGAUCUCAGGGAACACGGAGGACAUCCCUCUGGUGCGCUGGAGGCAGCAGUGGCUAGAGAACGGCACUUUGCUUUUUCACAUCCAUCACCAAGAUGGCGCCCCGAGCCUCCCUGGACAAGACCCGACUGAAGAACCCCAGCAUGAGUCAGCAGAAGAGGAGCUGAGGAUCCUCCACAUCUCGGUCAUGGGUGGCAUGAUUGCUCUGCUGUUGUCCAUCUUGUGCCUGGUGAUGAUCCUGUACACUCGCCGGCGCUGGUGCAAGCGCCGCCGGGUGCCCCAGCCCCAGAAGAGUGCCAGCGCCGAGGCAGCCAACGAGAUUCACUACAUUCCUUCUGUGCUAAUCGGAGGGCACGGGCGGGAGAGUCUGCGCAACGCCCGCGUGCAGGGCCAUAACUCCAGUGGCACCCUGAGCAUCCGCGAGACGCCCAUCCUGGAUGGCUAUGAAUAUGACAUCACUGACCUGCGCCACCACCUGCAGCGGGAGUGCAUGAACGGAGGGGAGGACUUCGCCAGCCAGGUCACUCGCACCCUCGACUCCCUGCAGGGCUGCAAUGAGAAGACGGGGAUGGACCUCACGCCAGGAAGUGACAAUGCUAAGCUGUCACUGAUGAACAAGUAUAAAGAUAACAUCAUUGCCACCAGCCCUGUGGACUCCAACCACCAGCAGGCCACUCUGCUCUCUCACACCUCCAGCAGCCAGAGAAAGCGGAUCAACAACAAAGCAAGAGCUGGUUCCGCCUUCCUAAACCCUGAAGGGGACUCUGGCACAGAGGCAGAAAACGACCCCCAGCUGACCUUUUACACCGACCCCUCUCGGAGCCGGAGGCGCAGUAGAGUGGGCUCUCCCCGAAGUCCUGUGAACAAGACCACCUUGACCUUGAUCAGCAUCACCAGCUGUGUGAUUGGCCUCGUGUGCUCCUCCCACGUCAGCUGCCCUCUUGUUGUCAAGAUCACCCUGCACGUCCCUGAGCACCUGAUUGCCGAUGGGAGCCGCUUCAUCUUGCUGGAGGGGAGCCAGCUGGAUGCCAGUGACUGGCUGAACCCUGCUCAAGUGGUGCUGUUCUCUCAGCAGAACUCCAGUGGGCCCUGGGCCAUGGACCUCUGUGCCCGGCGGCUCCUGGACCCCUGUGAACACCAAUGCGACCCCGAAACUGGUAGGCGGGAGCACCGGGAAGAGGGGGAAUGCCUCUGCUACGAAGGUUACAUGAAGGAUCCAGUGCACAAGCACCUUUGCAUUCGGAAUGAAUGGGGGACAAACCAGGGGCCUUGGCCUUACACAAUAUUUCAGCGAGGCUUUGACCUGGUUUUGGGAGAACAGCCUUCUGAUAAAAUAUUCAGAUUCACCUACACCCUUGGGGAAGGCAUGUGGCUGCCUCUCAGCAAGAGCUUUGUGAUUCCACCAGCUGAACUGGCCAUCAACCCAUCAGCGAAGUGUAAGACAGACAUGACAGUGAUGGAGGACGCUGUGGAGGUCAGGGAGGAGCUGAUGACCUCAUCCUCCUUCGACAGCCUGGAGGUUCUCUUAGAUUCCUUCGGUCCAGUGCGUGACUGCAGCAAGGAUAAUGGGGGCUGCAGUAAGAACUUCCGUUGCAUCUCAGAUCGCAAGCUGGACUCCACUGGUUGUGUGUGCCCAUCCGGACUUAGCCCGAUGAAGGACAGCUCUGGCUGCUACGACCGCCACAUUGGGGUGGACUGCUCUGACGGCUUCAAUGGCGGCUGUGAGCAGCUGUGUCUCCAGCAGAUGGCGCCCUUCCCAGAGGACCCCACCUUAUACAACAUCCUCAUGUUCUGCGGGUGCAUCGAGGAUUACAAGCUUGGUGUGGAUGGACGCUCUUGCCAACUCAUCACGGAGACCUGCCCCGAGGGAGGGGACUGUGGGGAAAUCAGGGAGCUUCCCAUGAACCAGACCCUCUUUGGGGAGAUGUUCUUUGGUUACAACAACCAUUCCAAGGAAGUGGCCGCUGGACAAGUGCUGAAAGGCACAUUCAGGCAAAACAACUUCGCUCGAGGUUUAGACCAGCAACUGCCAGAUGGUCUUGUGGUGGCCACUGUCCCUCUGGAGAAUCAGUGCCUGGAGGAAAUCUCGGAGCCCACCCCUGACCCCGACUUCCUGACUGGGAUGGUGAACUUCAGUGAGGUGUCUGGAUACCCCGUGCUGCAGCACUGGAAGGUCCGGUCUGUGAUGUACCACAGCAAACUCAACCAAGUGACCGUCUCGCAGGCCCUCAGCAAUGCUCUCCACUCCCUGGAUGGGGCUACAUCGCGUGGGGAUUUUGUGGCCUUGUUGGACCAGUUUGGCAACCAUUACAUCCAGGAAGCUAUCUACGGCUUUGAGGAGUCCUGCUCCAUCUGGUACCCAAACAAACAGGUCCAGCGGCGACUGUGGCUGGAAUAUGAAGACAUCAGCAAAGGCAACUCCCCAUCUGAUGAGUCAGAGGAGCGGGAAAGAGACCCCAAGGUACUGACGUUCCCAGAAUACAUCGCCAGCCUGUCAGAGUCUGGCACCAAGCGCAUGGCAGCUGGAGUCCGCAUGGAGUGCCAGAGCAAGGGACGAUGCCCCUCGUCCUGCCCUCUGUGUCAUGUGACGUCCAGCCCUGACACCCCGGCCGAGCCAGUUCUGCUGGAGGUGACCAGAGCAGCCCCCAUCUAUGAAUUGGUGACCAACAACCAGACCCAGAGGCUCUUGCAGGAGGCCACCAUGAGCUCUCUGUGGUGCUCAGGGACUGGAGAUGUCAUCGAGGACUGGUGUCGAUGUGACUCCACUGCUUUUGGAGCUGAUGGACUCCCCACCUGUGCGCCUCUCCCACAACCUGUGCUGAGACUCUCCACGGCUCACGAGCCCAGCAGUACCCUCGUGGUCCUGGAGUGGGAGCACUCAGAGCCUCCCAUCGGGGUGCAGAUUGUCGACUACCUCAUCCGUCAAGAAAAGGUCACUGACAGGAUGGACCACUCCAAAGUGGAGACAGAAACGGUGCUGAGCUUUGUGGACGACAUCAUCUCUGGAGCGAAGUCUCCUUGUGCCAUGCCCUCUCAGGUGCCAGACAAGCAGCUCACCGCCAUCUCUCUGAUCAUACGCUGUCUGGAGCCUGACACCAUCUACAUGUUCACCCUGUGGGGAGUGGACAACACAGGACGACGUUCCAGACCAAGUGACGUGAUCGUGAAGACCCCUUGCCCUGUGGUGGAUGAUGUCAAAGCCCAAGAGAUAGCAGACAAGAUCUACAAUCUCUUCAAUGGUUAUACCAGUGGAAAGGAGCAACAGACCGCCUACAACACGCUUCUGGAUCUGGGUUCCCCCACCCUACAUCGUGUCCUCUACCACUAUAACCAGCACUAUGAGAGUUUUGGAGAAUUCACCUGGCGGUGUGAGGAUGAAUUAGGCCCCAGGAAAGCUGGCCUCAUCCUUUCCCAGCUUGGGGAUCUCAGCAGUUGGUGCAAUGGACUCCUUCGGGAACCCAAGAUAAGCUUGCGCCGCAGCUCCCUCAAGUACCUGGGCUGCCGCUACAGCGAGAUCAAGCCCUAUGGACUUGACUGGUCAGAGCUCAGCCGGGACCUCAGGAAGACGUGCGAGGAGCAGACCCUUAGUGUCCCCUACAACGAUUAUGGGGACAGCAAAGACAUCUAGCACCAUGAUGCCAGAGAGCGGCUGCCGAAAGGAAGCAGGAGAGAGGAGGGGGACAUUGGGGUUGGUUUGUGGAUUUUUAAUAUUUUUUAAUGAAACAUUAAAACCUCCACAGGCAACAUCUAAACCAGGGAGGAAGUGAUCCUUGCUCCUUGCAGAACCUCUUCGGACUGAUGUUCUUCAUCUGCAUGAUCAGUCAACGUGCCAGCCAGCGGCUUCAUGCAGCGCCAUUUCUCUUCAGGGGAUUACUUUGGGGCUUGUUUUGUGGUUAAUUUGUUUUGUUUAUUUUUCUCCCAAGAGGUUCAUCAAAAUGCAGAAGAGUUCUGUCAUGCUUCCCUUGAAGGUCCAUCAGGUUGAGGCACCCCAUGCUCAUUGAGUUCCUGAGUCCCUUGCAACUGGGGACAGAGAUGAGGCCAGAAAGUUGUUAGACCAGCCUCAGGCAUUCCUCAGGCAGCAUCUGGGAGCCUAAGCUCUGCUCAUAGAGAAAGACAGUAAGAACACUGGGAAGGGGAUACCUGUGUAGGUCUCAUGAGUUCUCCCCCCAGGCUCUCCUAUUGCUAUCUUCACACCUCACAGGUGACCUCAGCCUCUGUUCUGGGCUCCAGUGGGUCUUCUGGAUUUUUAGCUCCUUCCCCAUUUUAAGGCAGGACUGGAAUUAAAUCUCCUGUGGCCUCUGCCCUCUCCUCCAAACAAUAUGAUCUUUAAGAGGCAACAACAUGAUACCUGUCAAAUGCAUCUUCAGAGUAGUCUAGCUGGGAGAGUAGUUAGCAGUCCACAUUUUAGAAAAGGAGCAUAGUUCAUCGUUUUAAAACACUCCUGUGCCUCCAGGAUGGACUUCUCCAGCCCACCAGUAUACAUCACAUGGCUGGAUUCUCUUCAGUGUUUGCACCGCUUACCCUGGACAGAUAAGCCUUGGUUGAUGUCUGCUGUGGUCCAGGAGGGGUUAACACCUCCACGUCAGUGUUUUAGUGAACUAAGGCUAUUACUGAUCACAGAAAGCUUCUGUCCAUUCCCUCCCUUCUUGCUAAAUUGCUAAAUUAUGUUGCUAGUUUUGCAAAUCAUUGCUCUGGAUCACCAUCAGCAGAAUUCUACCAAUUUCCCCUCCCGUCUAGUGGCCAGGAGUAGCAGUGAUUCUGUGUAGACGGGCUCCAUGGACCGCAGGUAGGGGCCAGGCCCCUGUUUCUGCCCCACUGGCCGAGGAUUGGCACAGGCACAAAUGGUGGCCCAGCUAACAGAAAGCCCAGCCUUUCAAAAAGAGCUUUGCAGGGCUAAGUGGACCACCAACAGCCUUAGCUGUCCCCAAACACCUUGGAGGCCUGAAUACACUCUUUCAGCCACCCUGCCUUUGACCAGGGCUCCUCAUUUGGAAACAUAAGAGAAAGGUCAGGAAGGAGAUGCAGGAUCCAUAAGACCAGUCACUGAGCCAUAUUAAUUUUUUUUCCGAAUAGUAAUAAUGACAGAUUACAUUUAUUGAGUGCUUACUGUAUGCAGAUGCUGCUCUUAGCACUUUCAUACCACUGAAUUCUUACAGCAACCCCGUAAGGGAAGUCCUGUUCUCGGCUCCAUUUCGGUGAUGAGGAAAGUGAGGCAGAGAGAGGUUAUGCAACUUGCCCCAAAUGCCUCAUUUACUAUCUGCUGGAACUACUAUAUGGAUUCAAGCAGUCGGACUCAGAGCACAGGAUUCCUCUGCUAUGCUCAGCACCGCACUCAGUAUUGCCGGGGCAGCUGUCCGAGCUCUAAGCUCCAUGGGGGGCCUGCCCAGAGAUCUUGGCCUCUCCCACCCUCCAUGGUACAGAUGUGCCACGGUGCGCUCUGCCGCUGGGGCAAGUGCCCUUUGGGACAUGGUCUGCAGUAUGAGCCUUCCCCUCUGGAGCCUGGAGCGAAGCCUUCGGUCAGACUGCCAGCACAAUCUGCUGUCUGGGUCUUUCCAGAGAAAGAUCUAAAGGUUUAUUUUGCCCUCUAGAAUGCACUUGCCUCAGAGACUCCCCCACAUCUGGAGCGAAGGCUGGCAGAAAACUCGGCCCUGCCACUGUGGUCAAUGCAGGGCCUCAGGUAAAAUGCCUCAAGGGACAAGCCCCUCACCGGAAGGGAGCAGAGAGGAAGAUGCCGUAGACAGUUGGACACCCACCAGCAGCAGGGCUGAGGGCAGAGCUUCUGUGCCGCUGCUCCUGUUUGGCUGUCCUUUUAUUCAAGUCUGCACAGGAAGGGGGUCUGCGCAGUGUGGGUGGGAGGCUGCCAAGGCUGCGCUACCUUCCUGCCCAGGCAGGGGGUCCGGUACGAGCCCUGGGCCAGGAAUGAGGACAGGGAGGGACCUCAGGAUCGCCCUUUUUGGUCCCCUCCUUCUGGUUUAUUAAAAUAAAAGAGGCUCACUCUCCCCCUUUCUCCUUCCAUCUUUUCCCGGCUCUCCCAGUCCCUCCAACUCCUUUCCAUCUCUUUAUCUUUGUCUUCUCCUGUCUGUGACCUUUCCUCCUGGCUGGGGUCCCUUCCUUCUCUGUGAUUCUCUUCCUACUUCAGUGUCCCUGGUGCCCUCCUCACUGCACACCUGUGUGCAUGUACACACGCACAUGCUACACACACACUGUACGCAAUCCCACACACCAUACACACACAGCACACACACUACAAACACACUCCGUAUACACCCCCGCACCCUCACACAACAUACACACACACCACACACACAUACACACCACACACACACUAUAGGUGCACAAAUACACUAUGCACACUAUAUACACACACUACACACACACACACACACACACACACUAUACACACAACCCCUAGGGCUGGGUCCCACCUACUGUCAGUUAAAAGUAAGGCCAAAAUGAAUAGGGCAGGAGAGAGUCUUAGGACCCCCUGAGGAUGUAACAGGGGGAUUUUGCCCUAGGAAGACACUCGCCAUCACCCCCUGACAUUUCCCGAAGCUUGCCUGGAGGAACCCAUCCUGACUAGAAAGGGUGGUGGUACUGGGCCAGUAAUCAACCUCAAGUUUCCAAGCUGCCAAACAGGUCUUAAUGGAGUCCCUUAUGUCUACCCACCCUCUCCCGGCUCUGGGGCUCCCACGAGACCGCCGGUGUCUCCUCUUGAAUGGACAGGACCCACUGUGACAGCAUUAGACCUCUGAGUGUGCAAUCAUUUUCCAUGGAGUCCGGUCCGGCCAUUAUUUUUAGUUAAUUACACUUCUUGAUAUUCAGAUGUUCUAUUAAAAAACUGAGUGUGAAAAAAACCCACUUUACUUCUAUAGAAGGAAGAAAGACUAUAAUGUGACCAGCUUCGGGUAUAACAGUAUUGUUUAAAGGGAUUAUUGUACGAUUAUAAAAAAAUGGAAUAAUCAACUAAAUAAUAAACAACGCUGUUAGUAA